GCACGGUCGAGGGGCCUUCUUUUGUCUUCCGACUUGCGGAACCCCUCCGGUCUCGUUCAAUUGGGGAAACAAAACCACUUCUGCAUCCCACCACCUUCGCUUGAACGCACGCCUUCUAGUCCGAUGGAUGAUGCGCCCGCAGAGAAACAGUUGAAGCAGAACAGGUCCAGCAGUAAUCGAAAACCAGAGGAAACCAUGUCGAAGCUUGCACCGUCGCUCAAGGCGCUCAUCAACGCGCCGUUCGCCCGUCCCGGCCAGACGGCUGCGCCGUCGCAUAUUCGCGAGGUGUACCAAGCCAUCGCUAAGGAUGCGGCAUCAAAAAAUGUCGGCGCAAAGCCGUGGCUAGCAAUUUCGGCCGCGGCAACCUUCACACUCAACUCUCCCGACUCUCUAGAAUCCCUCUACAGUGUCGCGUCUUCCUCCGGCCGCCCCGACAAGCGCGAGACUGCCGAGUUCAUUCGAGAAAUCGGGCUUAAGUGCAUCAGCUUCAACGGCAUUCCACGCACUAUCAACUGCCUCAACGCCUUCUACGCUAGCCUCCCCAAGGACGUGACGGCACAAUUGGAGACGAAGCCGACGCGAACACCAAACGCGCAAAACAUCGACGCCAUCACAGUACGCGGCCAGGGCCUGUGGGACUCCAUUUACGCCCCCUUCGAGGUCAAGCUCUACGAGAAGCUGGCGCAAUCGCACCCGGAUCUUCCGGUCCACAUUCUCCACAGCCACUAUGCGGGUUUGUUGUCGGAACCCAAGGAGCGGGGAGGUCUGGCCAGCGUCGGAAGAGUGCUGACUUCGAUGAUUGCCAUUUCAUGCUUGCGAGCACAAACCGGUGUCGGCCCGCAGGUUCUUUCGCACGUUUUCGGCUUGAGGAAGGGACUUGAGGACGGCACAUACAAGGCGGACAACCAGGAGGACAUUCAAGGUGCGGAGUGGUUGGCCAGCGAUGAAGGCAGCGAGUGGAUUUUGAAGUCGGUUGAUACUAUUACGGAGGCCAUCGGCGGAGCUGCGAGGUCAAACUUCGCUCCAGGACGCGAGUCCAAGUUGUAG